AUGUGUUUCCUUUCCCCCAGGGCCGAGCCCUCACUGAAAAAAAACCCGAAAAGCAAACAGGAUGUUCGUAACUUCCUUUGGAUAUUCUCAUAUAGAUUGAACGGGUCUCCACACGUCCUAAUGGCUAUUUAUUUAACAUUGGUUGUGCGAAGGGUCAUGAGACAAUGGCCACUUCCGUAUGCGCAAGUUCAUUUAUUCUCUCAAAGUUUUACAAAACAGGGCCCUAUCGAUACACUGUGUAGGGGUAGGCUGUUCAGUUUAGACUGCGAAAGAGACUGGGGAAGGGACCCUCCGAUCAUAAUUGAAUGCUGUAAGCACACUAUGGAGUAUGUCUCACUGUAUCACACGUUCCUAGGUUUCUGGGAAUGGCAUUCCACGGGCUUACUACGAUUCCACGUGUCGGCCUCCCGAGGUCGGGAUCCAGUUGUGGUCCAGCAGGAUUUGGAAAUGCCUAAAUCAUAUUGCAACAAGACGGUUGGGUUGACCCAACAUCUUCCAAGAGUAGCUCUUCUCCGCCAUGUCCGCCCUUGCCUUCCUGCUUUGUGUCAACUGAAGCGCCGAUUGCGCAUCGGGGAAGAUCCUUAUCUUCGAGGCAUAUUUUGGGGAAGCAUAUAUUCCUGUAACGAAACUGAGCCUAGUGCGAGCUUGCCGCCUUCUCUGCUUGUGGCGGCGAGAUCUAGUGUCAAACCGUACUCAUUACAGUUAGAUAUCACUCAUAACUAUGCCGACGGAGUUCAACCAAUUCACCAUUUGCAUUGGCUUUAG